AUGGAGGGGUUUACAAGGAAGAGGGUGUUCAUAGGAAACCGCUACCCUAUUGGUCCCGAGAGUUUUGUUUAUCCAUGGAUUGAAGCUCUUGCUAAGAGUAGAGUUGGUUUGGAGGAGAUUAUGUUGAAGAGGAUGGUUGUGUCAACUAUCAAGCUGAAUUUUGUUUGCCUUCAAGGAGAGGUUAACGUGGGAGCACUUGAGAGACAGGUGGAUGGCUUUGAAACCUGGAAGGGAUAUAUCAUGGGAGGACUCAAAGGGAAACAAUCUCAUUUGUAA